GGUCCCGCUCGUUCUGUUUCCGUCCCGAGCUCCGGCUUCUUCCUUUUUAAUACUUCCGCUGCUUCCCGCUCUGUGAUAGCCACGAAGAUGGCGAUCCGUGUAUUUGACGCCGUCUCCAGUACGCCGUCGAAGCUCACCCGGCUCGAUCAUGGCCCCGAGAAUCCCCGGACCCCCUCUAACCUUUCCUUUGAACAACUGAAACCAACCCACCAAGUAAUUCAAUCAGAUUGCUCCCUACUGAACAAGCCGAUCAACUCCACGACCUACGCUUCGGUACUCGAUUCCUGCAAAUGCCCGAGUCUCGGGAAACAAAUCCAUGCCCACGCCCUGAAGUUCGGGUUUCAUGGGCACGAGUUCGUGGAGACGAAGCUGCUCCAGAUGUACGGCCGGUGCGGCUGUCUAGAGGGCGCACUGGACCUGUUCUACGAAAUGCCCCACAGAAACCUGCAUUCUUGGACUGCCGUAAUAGGAGUGCACUUGGACCAUGACCUGUUCCAUGAUGCCUUGUCGCUGUUCCUGGAACUACUCUUUAGCUCCGUGGUGUUGGAAUUUUUCUUGUUUCCGGUAGCUCUGAAGAUCUGCAGUGGCCUUGGGGAUGUAGAGCUUGGGAGACAGUUACAUGGGGCUGCACUAAAGUACCAGUUUGAGUCGAAUUUUUACGUCGGCAAUGCUUUGAUAGAUAUGUAUGGUAAAUGCAGGAGUUUGGAUGACGCUAAGAGAGUUUUAGCAAAGAUGCCUCAAAGGGACCAUGUCUCAUGGAAUUCUAUAAUCACGGCUUGUAUUGCAAACAGGAUGGUCCGUGAGGGGUUGGGUUAUCUGGAUGAGAUGUUCUCCCGGGAUAGUUUGAAGCCAAACCUUGUUUCCUGGAGCGCUGUCAUUGGAGGUUUUUCACAGAAUGGCUAUGACGAGGAAGCUAUUACUCAGCUCUUGAGGAUGCUUGAGGGUGGCCUGAGACCGAAUGCUCGAACCCUAGCAAGUGUUCUUCCUUCUUGCGCUAGACUGCUUAAGCUAGGACUGGGGAAAGAGAUACACGGCUAUGUAACGAGACAUGGGUUCAUGUCCAAUUCCUAUGUUGUGAAUGGACUUGUCGAUGUUUACCGGAGAUGUGCUGAUAUGGGAAGUGCCCGGAAGAUCUUCUCGAGAUUCUCCCUCCAGAAUGAGGUUUCCUAUAACACGAUGAUUGUCGGGUAUUGUGAGAAUGGUGAUGUUUUUAAGGCAAAAGAGCUGUUUGACGUGAUGGAGCUUGUAGGAAUCGAGAAGGACACUGUGUCAUGGAAUUCGAUGAUUUCAGGCUAUGUUGAUAAUUUAUAUUUUAAUGAAGCUCUGGACAUGUAUCGGCAGUUAAUUAUGGAAGAUGGUGUCCAACCUGAUUCAUUUACACUAGGGAGUAUUCUAAAUGCCUGUGCUGAUAUGGCUUCUUUGAGGCGAGGAAAGGAGAUUCACUCCCAAUCCGUUGUUAGAGGACUGCAGUCAAACCCUUUCGUGGGAGGGGCUUUGGUGGAAAUGUAUUGCAAGUGCCAAGACUUAGACGCUGCAAACUUGGCCUUUCAUCAGGUGAAGGACCGGGAUAUCGCAACAUGGAAUGCCCUGAUCUCAGGAUAUUCCCGAUGCUAUGAGACCGAAACUAUCCGAGUUCUCCUAGAAGAAAUGAAAAGGGAUGGUUUUGAGCCAAAUGCCUAUACUUGGAAUAGCAUUCUUGCAGGUUAUGUGGAAAAUGGGAAUCACGAAUCAGCUAUGUGCCUACUGUCUGAGAUGCGAAACUCAAAUAGAAGACCAGAUAUCUACACAGUGGGGAUAAUUAUUAGGGCUUGCUCGAAAUUGGCAACAAUUGAACGAGGGAAGCAAGUCCACGCUUACUCUAUCAAGUAUGGGUAUGAAUCAGAUGUCCAUAUUGGGGCUGCCCUAGUUGACAUGUAUGCCAAAUGCGGGAACAUUGAGCGUGCAAUCUUCUCCUACAAUAGAAUCCAGAGCCCUAAUUUGGUAUCACAAAAUGCCAUGCUGACAGCAUAUGCCAUGCAUGGACUUGGUGAAGAAGGCAUUGCCCUCUUCCAGAGAAUGCUAGGUGAAGGUUAUCAACCUGAUCAUGUUACUUUCUUAACAGCUCUCUCUUGUUGCGUCCAUGCUGGAGCAGUCGAAACAGGUCAGCAGUUAUUCGAUGUGAUGGUGAAUUUUAAUGUAGAGCCUACACUGAAGCACUAUACAUGUAUGGUUGAUCUCCUGAGCAAAACUGGGAAGUUACAUGAAGCCCACAGACUCAUAAAGAGAAUGCCAAUGGAGCCUGAUGCAGUGGUGUGGAGUUCUUUACUUGGGGGCUGUGUUAUGUCUGGAAAUUUCGAGUUAGGGGAGAUCACGGCGAAAAGGCUCAUAGAGUUGGAACCCGAGAAUACUGGGAAUCAUAUUUUACUGGCAAAUUUGUAUGCUUAUGCUGGGAAAUGGUCAGAGUUGGCGAGAACAAGAAGGGCAAUGAAGGACAGUGGAAUGCAUAAGAGCCCAGGAUGCAGUUGGAUCGAGGAUAGAGAUAAGGUCCACGUGUUUCUCGCCUCUGAUAGGUCUCAUGAGAGAACUGAAGAAAUAUACAGCACUUUGCAGAGCUUAACAGUUCACAUGAGAAGGACUUCAGAAUUCAGUAUCAGAGUGUAAUUUGUAUAGAACCAUAAACAAUUACAGAGAACCUUCGGAUGAAAAUAUAUCAUCAGCUUCUGGUUAAAGAGCAAGUGUCUCACAUGGAGCUUUAGUACAUGUCAAGUGACUCGAGGACCCUGCGAGCUUGAAUGUGGAGAGCUGUUAGUCUCUGCUCGGGAUUGAGGGUUGAUCCAAAUUGACUUGCUGCCCA